GAGACGUUUCGUAUCGCAUAGCUGCGCCAUGUGUAGGAAAAACUAAUAACCUCAUCAACCAGCGUGUCGUCAGACUAAAAUGUUUAAUUUCAUGUAGGUCGAUAAGUAAUCUAGAAAGUGUACAUACAGGACGACAGAAUACUUAAAGGAUACAUCGAGUACAACGAGCACUUUCCUGUAAAACAAUGGGAAGACAGGUUGUCUGUUUACUUUAACCAUGUGGACAAGGUCAGUGAGUGCAGGUUACAGAUGCUUUGGGUGCAGGAGUGUUGGACCAAAGGGAAUCUGGGGCUCCCAUGCAGUACGUGCAUGCAGCGCUCCUGUCCUACCUGCAGGCAGGAUCACAGCACUUCAGGCCAUGGACUUAUGGAGGAGAUACUUUGAGGAGAGAGGUGUGACAGAGCCUGACCAUUCAAGCCGUCACAUUAUUGCUCAUUUGCUCGGGGCUAAAACUAUAGAAAGUCUUGAACACGGCAAGUUGACAGAGUUUCUCAGCCGAGAAAAAACAGAGCAGAUGUGGAAGCUGUGCACUAGACGUCUCUCCAGAAUGCCUGUGCAAUACGUGAUUGAGGAGUGGGACUUCAGAGAUUUGACACUGAAGAUGAGACCUCCAGUGUUCAUACCAAGACCUGAAACAGAGGUGUUGGUCGAGCUCGUGCUCACUGAUCUGGAGAUGAAGCCUGGGACUGGAGUGGGUGCAGACACUCGGCAUACGUCUUUAGAAGUGGGAUGCGGCUCUGGUGCUAUUUCUCUCAGUCUGCUGAAGAGUUUGCCUCAGCUUACAGCCAUUGCCUUGGAUCAAAGCCAGGAUGCGGUGGAUUUAACAAGGGAGAAUGCGUUAAGGUUGGGGCUUCAGGACAGAUUACUCAUUUAUCAUAUAGAUGUCAUGAAAGAUGUGGAAAGUGUGUUGAGCCUCUGUAGCCCUGUUUCAGCUUUGGUCAGUAAUCCACCGUACUUGUUCUCAGAGGAUAUGGCGUCGUUGGAACCAGAAAUAUUUAGGUUUGAAGACCACUCUGCUUUAGAUGGAGGUGAAGAUGGCCUAAAAGUGAUCAAACAGAUUUUGACUCUGGCAACAAAGAUUCUGUCAGAUCAUGGUCGUCUUUACUUAGAGGUGGACCCCAGACACCCCCCGCUCAUUCGGCGGUGGGUGGAGGCGAAUGUGGAAAAGCUGCAUUAUGUGGAGACACGGCACGACAUCACCGGCAGGCCCCGAUUCUGCAUCCUUCAGAAAAGAGAAGUCAAACAAGGACCUGAACUGGAUCUGGAUUGAGAAACUGAGAUCCUAUUACGCUGGCUUUAGCCCAGGUUGCCACAGCCUCAGCUCCCCUACCCCCACUGAGCCACCGAGCACGCGCCUGCACGGAUUUGAUCAUUUAAAAUUCACAGUUUGCAGAGGCUUAAACCACUUUUUAUGUCACUGUUGCACUUUCAGUCUGGUAACAUUUGUGAUCACAUCGUGUGCCACAAUAAAAAAUGUGUGCGAGAUGGCACAAAAGCAGGCUCAAAGCUGAAGGUAAUUACCGAGGCUUUUCUUAGAACCCUCCCUCUCAGAAUCGCACCCUCCUCCCAGGAAGCAUUCAGUAGUUCUGUGAAUCUGCUGAUGAACGGUCCUCCCCUUUGCUUGGCCACUCGCUGACUCAGAUGCAGGCUGUAUGCAUUGUUGAGCAAAAACACACGCACAAUGUGGCUUUUACUUCCUCACACAAUCAGUGUGUCUCACACACUUAAAGCUCAAAGGCCACAAAGUCUUUGUGUUUCAAAGGUGAUCGAAGGCAAAAAUAUUUCCUAACAAGUGU